AUGUGGGUCCGGUCAAUCCGGGUGCCUAUCAUGCGCACGCCAGAUGAAUAUGGACUUGAAUUCAAAGAAAUCACUUUUCCAUCAUUUGACGGCGUCCAUCUAAAAGGCUGGUUCAUACCUUCGAAAGGCUCCAAUAAAUUAAUUAUCAGUAACCAUCCUAUGAUGUUCAACCGCUAUGGUCACCCUGGUCAUGUAGGGAAAUUCAGCACGAUGAGUGACUUUGAAGUCCACUUUUUGCCAGAAUAUAAGGUUAUGAUCGAGGCGGGGUACAAUGUUAUUUGUUACGAUCAGCGUAACCACGGUGAAAGUGACAAAGGUGAUGGUCACGUGUGUGGGGUUGGCCGUCAUGAAUGGAAAGACAGCGUCGGUGUGAAGCAAUGGGUCGAUGCGCAUCCUGUCUUCUCAAAGAUGACGGUGAGUUUGAUGAGCAGAUGCAUGGGGGCCAAUGCGCAAUUUGAAGCGAUUGCACGGUUCCCUGAACCCUUUGCCAAUGUGAAAUGUAUGGUGGCACCCCAACCCUGUACUGUGUGUUACUUAACAGACAAUUUCUACAAGUCGCAAGGUCUCUCUGAGUUUUCUGAUUUGAUCGACAGUGAGAAACGAAAAUUAGGCGGGUUUGCGACUGCCGAAUGGGGUCCACAUCCUUUUGCGCCGGCAGUCACCAUUCCAACUCUAAUUUCUCAGGUCCACGAUGACUCAUGGACUCUUCCGGAAGACGUCCAAACAACUUAUGAUCUUUUAGGUGGUAAGGAAAAAGAGCUCUCUGGAUUUAUGGUACCACAAGGCAUUUUGACGGCUACAACUAUUUUGGGGAGCAUCCUGAAAGAAUGUUAG